AUGGGAUUCAAAUGGCCCCCACAGAUAACAGAAAAGCCACUACUAUCCAAGAUAGAAGGAAGCACAGUCCAUUUUAAAGAUGGCACCAGGGCGGAGGUUGAUGACGUCAUAAUUUGCACAGGCUACCAUUAUUCCUUUCCUUUUUUGGAAGAGCGCUUGCGUCUCAAGACAACCAAUGUCUUUUACCUAGAGGGCCUCUACAAAUCGAUUCUCUGGACCCGGGGCGGAAAUGACAAAGUUCUGUACAUAGGUAUGUUGGACCAAGAAUACACAUUCACCAUGUUUGAUGCACAAGCAAAGUGGGUGGUAAAUUACAUUAUGGGGGAACUAAAACUUCCUGAUAAGGAAGAAAUGGAAAGCGACUGCAGAAACUGGAUAGCAAGGUAAUGAUUGUUGUUGUUGUUGUUGUUUUAUCUUCAGGAAAAAUACGGUGUCAUACAGGAGCAAAACACAAAUCAAUAUUAUGUCGAAAACGCAACAAACUUCUCGAUACAAAACCAAAUUUUUCUGUUACAAAACAUUUAUUUCUGAAACAAAACAAAGUUUCGUGACACACAACAAUGUUUUGAUACACAUAACAGUUUCGGGCUAACAACAAUAAUAAUAAUAAUAAUAAUAAUAAUAAGAAGAAGAAGAAGAAGAAGAAGAAGAAGAACACUUGUAUAGAUUGUGCUUCACAGAACUUCUAAAAACAGUAAAAAUAAUUCUAAAUUGAAGUAAAAAUUAAGAACCUAAAUAUAAGUAUAUACAAGUUAAAACAAGAACCUAGUCAUGAAAAAACUUGGGAAAAUUAAACUGUUUUCAGUUUCAUUUUAAAAGUUGAUGGAUUCAUGUUGGACCGUUGGCUGUUCCACAACUUUGGGGCCGCGAACAUAAAAGCGCGAUCCCCAAGGGUCUUUGGUGACUUCUUUGGUGGAAAGCAGAGUAAGGUUCCAUCACAAGAACUACGAAGACUGUAACGUGAAGGUUUCGCAACACAAACAAGAGACGAAAGACUAUAAAAAGAGCCAUAUUAUUUAAAAUCUUAAAAAGUAAUUAAAAUGAUCUUAAAAUCAAUGCGUUGUCUCACGGUUAGCCAGUACAAUUCCCGUAAAAGGGAACUUAAGAUAGAGACGUUUUCGGGGCGACGGCAACUUCAACCGGACGUGACAUCAUCAUUUGUUGGAUAUUGCGCAUGCUCGUGCUCACCACCUAGCCGUCGUGGUCCCGUCGGCGACGUGAAACUGGUCUGUUUGGCGUUGUGGCGAAAACGUGAGUAUUUAACUUUCAUUUCAAUCAGGUUUGUUGCGUUUAGCAACCAACAUUUUGCAGAUUAUCGUUUUUAAAUUGUCCUUGUUUUCUUUGAGGCACAUUUCAAGCUCGAUUUCCAAGCUCUGUUAUCUAAACUUACAUCUUUAUAAUGUCUCUAUGUUUUCAUGUCACAGGGUCAAGAUCCAACUUGGCAAACAGCCAACCGUAAGUGAGCUUGACAUGGACAAAAUUUUCCUACGAGCCAAAUAAAAGUAUCCAGACAAAAAAUAUGAACUCCGAUAUUUCAAUUGUGUGUUUUUAGCUCGCUCUUUUCGUUAGAAUAUCGUAUAAGUGAAACGCAUUGAAAAUUAUAUAGAAUAGUAGGUAAUACCAUGUACUAACUCGGCGUGGGAAUACUGAAGUAAAGUUGUUGCCGUUGUUGUUGUUGUUGCAUGCAAGAAUUUCCCGGGAAUUAUUUCAAUACCAAACUAAGAAUACGGUUCCUUGGUAGCAUUUUAAUGUUCCUGUAAUCUGCAAGGCUUCGGCAAGCGUGUGGAGAUGUUUUUUUUUUCAACACGAAAUUCUGCCUUGAACUCAGCUACAUCCCGCACAUUUUCUAGCGUGAACGGAUCGUAACUGUCCCGAGGAAAAUCGGGAUUUUUGGACUCAUAAUUUUCCCACAAAACGAGAAACUCUUCAUCCGAUACAUGUUGUCUGCAUAGUAAAUAUUUAUUCUUUUAAUUCUUUAUGUGAAGCCAUAUUUUCCUCUUCGGUAUUCUUCUAAUUAAAGGCGCCGUCCUUCUGAGUUCACUGCGAUGACGGGAAGCGACGGCUGCCUUAGUUCCAGGCUUUCUCUGCCAGUCCGGUCGCCGUCGCCCCGAAAACGUCUCCAUCUUAAGUUCCCUAAUAUUGGCCUAACGUGACAGAUUUGAAGGCACUCAAUAAACCAAGCAAGCACAUGCGUUUUGAGUUGGCUGGAGCUUUAAGAUAAGACUGUUAGGCAAAACAUAAAGUAAACUGUUGCAGUAAUCAAGCCCGCUAGUAACGAACACGCAAAUAAGGGUCUCAGUGCUUUCUUUAGAUACGAAUUUUAUGGUGAGGUGAAUAUUGUAAAGUUAGAAAAAUGCUGCUCCACACGUCUUAUUAAUGUGAGUAGACACUGUAAGCUUUGAAUCAAGCCAGCUUCGCCAGCCGAUGAAACAUCCACAGAUGCAACGGUAAUUGAGUUAAUAGAAACUUUAGCUCAACCUCGUCCCCAGGGCGCUUUUGCCUGGCGGAAAAGCGCCCUGGGGACGAGGUUGAUGAUGAUAUCGACGAGUACUCUGGAAUCGAAGUUUUCUCCAUUUUGAAUGACAAUGACUUCAUCUUCAGGUAUACCAACUGGGGAUGAAAGGAAACUUAUUACAUACUAUUUUACGAGAGGAUACUAAUAUGAUGUGCAUUUUUUUGCCACGUUUCAUCAAAUAACCUUUAUUAUUAAAAACUGAAUCAUUUGAUAAUGCAGUUCUAGCAUUUUGAUUGGCUUAGCCGUUAUGGUAUAUGAGCUAUUAUACCAUGCUCUCCAUAUACGGUCAGUGUACGCGUCAGUUUAAAAUUGAAAGCUAGCUGAGAUUUUUUUUCGCGAAGGAUAGAACGGCGCCCGAAGCAUAUCGUUUUAAUUCAUUUCUUAGAAUACUAGAAAUGCAAUUUCAUCGAAAGAAAAAAGACAAAAACAAACAAAAAAACCAUAAGAGGUUGUUUAAAAGUUUGUCGAAAAAUGCAUGAAAACACAUGGAACUAAAGUGCCUUGACCAGCUACGAAAGAAGACAAGUGUUGUUUCUUCAUGAUCGCGAAGCCAUUCGCCGAUCGAGUCACUCGUCGAUAGAUAACUGCGGUUUGUUUAUCCGACAUCAAGAAUAUAAAUCACAAGUGACCAGCUACAAAUACAGGCUAGAGCAAUCGAGGCGGCAGUAUAGCUUCUUUCAUCGUUCAGCAAAACCAGCUUGUGGCUUCAAACAACUUCAUAACAAGCGACCGAGGUAAUAGUUUUUCUCCGUUUUUCUUACUUUUAUAACUGCACCGAAAAUUCAAAUUCACAGUAAUUUCGACGGCUGUCACUUAAAAAUUCUUUCCCUUCACAUUAUCUGCCAGGUUUUUUUUAGCUGUUCUGCUGUGUAAAAUCCUAGAGUCCCGAUGAGUUUUUAAAAAACUAUAAAUGUUCAUCGCUACAAUGUUUUGAUUUUUCAUUCAUGCAGUCCAGGCGAGUCUGUUCGCGCGUUGACAGUUUUGAUAGACGUGUGACAUGUGAAUAGCGAAAGUCCCUUGUCUUUUCCGGUUUGUUCUAGUCGGAGAGAUUCAACGAGAUUUUUUGGGCGUUUUUAAUAAAACAAUUAUUCCACUCGCGCUUGUUGGAUAUGAGAUGAUUAUAGCCAACUCGGCGCUACGCGCCUCGUUGGCUAUCUAGCAUCUCAUAUCCAACGCGCCCAGUAUCAGGAUGCGACAGUAUCAGCUACGAAGAAGGACACUUUCAUAUGAUUUACUCUUGGUGCGUAACACAAUUUUAAGGGAGCUGAGUGGUCGGUUCUGGUUGCAAUGGCGCGGAAGCAUGUGGCAUACUCUACGCUUGCAGACUAUUCAAGUACCAAUGCACAGCAAAAUUAAAAAGUGCAAGCAAAGGUACAUCAAACCUAAAUGAAAUGCGACUACGCAAAGUAAAAUGCGUAAUAUAUAACUUUCGUGGGCGGGGGGGUUGUGCAGUGGACCCAUUUGACAGCAACAUAGAGGGAUGGUUGAAAGACUCGCACCCCUAUACCCGGGGAAUACCAGAGCGGUAGACCCGUUCCCGUACCACGCCUAUUCAAGAUGUUGGCAAGGGCGAAUCCUCGACUAAGUACCGUUAAUGGCCUUCUCUCUUUGACACUUGCAUCUUCGUAAUGCUGUCGUAAACCCCGCAUAUCGUGGCCAAAGUGACAGUCUAAAACCGCUGAAAUUUUCCGCUCAUGCCCCGCAUUCUCUGGGUAUGGAGUUGACCAGUGCACAAAGUUUUAUAAAUAUUAGGUUAAAAGUCGCGGCUGAAAUCGAGUUGUAAGAAUAAUUUAAUGGCAAUUUCGUGCCUUCUUCAUGUACGGGUAGAGAGGAAAGACCUUGGCCAAGCUGUGUGUCGUCAAUAUUUCUUAACUUUCUUUGCCAUGAAAGUCAUUGGGUUAGGAACAUUUGACCUACUACAGUACUAUUAAUAACCAAUACUUUUGGGCCACGAGUUGGGAAUUUUAACAACUUUAAUAGCGGUAGGUGGCCCAGUAUAUUAUUUUAUUUUAGAAAAUAUCUAAGAUAGUACGCGCGAUCUGAGCUUUUCGCGCGCUAAUCACGCCAGCACAAAUUGAUAAGCAAUGAAGAAAUGCAUGCAUAAAAUCAAGAACAUGCCUUUGCAAACCUCUUCAAUUUUUCCUGUCCUUGACAGAUGAGCCAAUCUGCUUUCUUUCCCAGUAAAAUCCUCUGUGUAGUUAUUUUCUGAUAGCAAACUGCGUGCGUGUCAAAAGCUCAGGAAUGGCCCAGGGGUUGGCCAAUGCCCGGCCCCCAGGCAGCGCAAAAUUUGCAAAUGCCCCACCCCCGGGACUGACAAGGCGGGCAAAUGCCCCGCAGUAGCCCGGGGGGGUGCUGGGCGCAGCUGGAAUUGACUGAUGCAUAAUGCUGGAUUUUUUUGUUCCAAGAUGUUAUGUGAAAAAGUUAAAUUAGUUUAAUAAGUCAAGCACUCAUUGUGAUGUACUUUCACCACCAGGAUGGGAGAACUAAAAGACGGACAUGACGCAGUCGACUUCCAGACUGCUUAUGUGGCUGAUCUUGUCAAAGAAUCCAAUUACAGCUACGAUUUAGAUGUAUCCGAAAUGCUUCACGCUUGCGAAGAGACCAAACAUGAUAACAUUACAACUUACAGAGACCAAAGUUUUACAAGCAAGUUUACCGGUCACAAGGCCUCGCAAUCGCACACUCCAUUUAUGGAAGAGUUUGAUGAUUCCAUGGAACACUUUCUGCUUAAUUAAGCAAAGAAACCUGUAAAAUGCCAAAACUACCAAGAAAAACAUUUAAUAUAUAUUUACAAAUGCAAGACUUUUUUUUUUGUAGAUCAAUGUGAUGUGAUUGUUUGAAGGCCACCGGCCAUUACCUGGUAAAAUUUAAUCCUCGUCGAUGUGGGGCCGCGUGAUUGUAGUUCAAAAUUAUCGCUUAUUUAACCUGGUUCCUUUAGGCCACCAAACUACCUACAAUUCUGCUCCAACACAAGAGAACAUAUUUUCUCGACAACAGAAAAAAACGCAGCUCUUUGCCGUUGGCAAAGCUGCACAGUACUUUUUAGGGAGUUGUUAUAACUCCAAAAAUGGAGUAAAAAUUUUAGGUACAGGAUAACAGUUUGGGCUCAUUUUUACUCCUGAAAAAGAGAUCUCCCAGUCUGGAGAUAAAAUAACUUUGAAAUGGGGUUACUUUUACUCCUUACAUGGGUUGUUUUUACUCUCUGGAUUCACUUUAACUCUGAAAGUGGAGUCAAAGUUUUAGGUACGGUAUUCGCCUGAAAAAUAGUUUUUUGAAAACUCCUUUUACGGAGUUAAAAUAACUCCAGUGUAAGGAGUUAAAUUAACCUUACUAGGGGAGUUAUUAUGACUCCUUGAAAAUUACCGUGUGCGAAAUUAGACUGAGCAGUGAAACAGGCUAUGCCAAAUCAAGAAUGAUCACAUGUCGUAUAUAUUUACUGCUGCACAGUUUGUAAAACAGCCGCAACGAAAAUUGUUGAAGGUAGAAUUCCUUUUGUUAGGAGUUAAAAAGGUGACACAUCACAAAGCUUAUUGAAACGCUUGUUAAAGUUUUUAGGGUAUAGUUUCAAAGCGUUUUUGAGGUUCCAAACUGAUAAUUAGAUUAGACUGGUAGCUACUGAUAGCUAACAUAGUGUUCGCGAAAUAUUGGUAUCAGUUAUAGUUAUGAAAUUUUUAAAUAAUUUAACUAUAGUUGUUAUUUAUUCAUGAGCAUUGUAGUGCAGUUCUUACGUUAGAUUCCUUAAGUAAACGGUAAACCAAUUAUAUAUUGAAAUCAACUAACGUGUAAUAAAAUUAAAGUUUUCCUUGUUAAGAAAAAAAAUUGCUCGUGUCCGACCACUUUUAAGUUCCAACAAGAGAGGAUAAGAGAGAGGAUUAUGAUAAGGAAAAUAAAAUAAGAAAGAACCUACCAAAACGUCUGAUGCCCUCGAAGAGUUUUCUUUUUAAUUAAAGUGGUUCUGAGUAUCAUUAAGGCUGCUUAAUACUGACGAUUUUACCGCCGUGCGAAACAACAGCAGCGACAUUUAAGGUGCAUGCAGUUAGCAUGCUAUUUUUGCAACGGUUUCAUGAGAACUGCAUUUUUCAUGGGGCAGUAUAAUCCUCAUUAUAAUUUAACCCUUUAAGUCCCAAUAGUGAUUAACAUCAAUUUUCUCCUAACAAUAUCCAUACAUAGUCAAGAGAAAUGGUUAUGAGAGUUAAUAAAAUGAUCACUAAAGAGAAAAUGUUUUGAUAUGUUAUCAAAUUCUCUCAACUAUGUCUUUAAAUAAUUGAAUGAAGAUCGGUAUAGAGAAUUUAUGUCUGGACAGUGGGCUUAAAGGGUUAAUACACAUUUCGACGUAUCCCAAACUGAAAGCGCAGAAGUGUGCAAUAGUUUGAAUUGAGUUUCCAGUGAAGGUACAGGUGAGCGUUACACAAAAUAGGGAUAGCAACCGGAAGCCAGCCACGUUGUGCUUGCUAUCAAGUUCUGCACUAUAGCAAAGGAAAAAAAACACAUUUACUUCAUAAUGAUUUGUCAUAACACCAUAAAAGGAGACUUUAUUGAUCAUACAAUGCGCACGCGUAAAAUAACGAAUUGACCAUAUUUAGUCUCCAUGUGACGUCAUAAAGGUAACUAAGCAUUCGCUGAGAAGUAAAAUUCUUUGACAGACCUGCUUAAACAAGUGCAUUAAUAAACGCUUUUUUUGUUCUAAAGCUACAAAAGUUGAUUAUCAGAAUGAGCGAACACAGUAAAGGUGAGUUGAUAGCUUCACUGAUUUGCCUUUUAGUCUUUGUGUUAAAAAGUACAGUAAACUUGUUAUAUUACUCGAGUUAAGCCAAUACCCUUCACUACUUGCGAGCCAGGUUAUGUAAGGCAUUCGGGCAAAAAUGAUUUGGUACGCUUUCGACAUUAAUACAAGAACUUCAAAUUCAAGUAAUGUUAACUAAAGAGAUACUUUUCGUGCAGGAGAAACUAAUGGAAACUGAAUUUUUAUGAUGGAGAAGCUUCAUUAUAAUUUUCUUUUUUAAGCUGUUUUCUGCCUAUGCGCGCGCACUACUGAAAACUAAGGGAAGCAAAACAAAAAGUUAGAUAGUGGAAAAUAUUUCUUUAAACUAGCCAAAAAGCGCGAAUUACUGUGAGAAAAGUUGAUGCAGGAAAGCAUAACUAUUCCGUAAAUAUUUACAGUCUUUUCAGAGUUGGCAUAAUUUACAAUAAGAACGAGAGUUCGAUUUGACGUCAUAAACGCGAAGAAAAAACUUGCGUCUUUUGAUGAGUGAUUGAAAAGGUUGAAACAUAAUCCUUUUUCACUUGUAUUAAACUGAAAUUUUUCUGGGAAAUAUUAAAAAUUGCCGACUGUUAAUUAUCCAGCUCAAACUGAAAAUGAAAAGAAGAGUACGCCGAAAUUUAAAGUUUGUCGUAUUAAAGGUAGAUCAGAUAACAGUUACAAAGCCACGCGCAGUUCUUAAAAACUGACAUGACCAAUGGCAGAGCUGGAAAAUGAGCACCGGAAGUCCUGUGCAAACCAUUUGCGCGCGCUUUUGCGUUUUCAUUGGACGCUGCGUUGUCUUCAAAGGCGCUACAAAUAAUAAGCAUCGCCUAUACGACAAACAGCAAACUUGAGAUUCAAGUUGAUAAAUUUUCAAAAUGUGAAUUGAGCAGAUAAAAACAGCUUAAAAGCAUUCUUGUGGAUAGAAUUUUCCUGUAGUGUAUAAUGAACGAUGAACAGUAAACAACAAGUAAAGGGGAAACUUGGUUACGUGGCGCAAAUUCAAGUUUGCCGUUUGCCGUAAACGCGAUGCUUUAACGAUGAUGUUGAAUUCGAAAUUUAUGUCGCCGCGCUCCGACAAAAAUUUAAACGGUGCCAGACCACGUAGUUCACAAACAUGGGAACCAAAACUCUUAAAUCCAGAAGGCUUCUUUUAGAAAAGUGACCCAGCCUUUCGCAUGAACUUACAGAUCGCUUCCUUUAGCCUAUACUAGAUGUGAUAUCGCCCCGGCAGUCAAUUUUAUUGCUUCUGGUUUUGUUUAUCUGUCCAAUCGUCAGGUUCUUUCCACGUUGCGUGGAGGGUAUUUCCAUUUGGUCAGCCUUGUUAUCAAUUGCUCGCAUAAACAGAAUUCUGUUUAAAGCGACUCGGUAGAGUGAGGCGGGCCUGAUUUUUAAAUGGAAUCACGCUUUAAGUUAACCGACAGAGAAAGAAACUCUGUAAUUUUUCGCAGUUGCAGCUGAAAGCUCCGUGGAUGAAUACCUCCAGCAGGAAGGAUUGCGUCGAGAGCCAGUCCCAAAGGACGGCCAUUGCUUGAUACACGCGUGGCAUAGGGUAAGUGAAAAACCAGUUCAUAACCUUUUUCAAAAGCAAUUGAUCUGAUUCUGAUGACUAAACAGAAAAAAAGACAUCUUAGGCUGGAUGCCAGCUAUAAUAUUAGUUUACGGCUUUUUUCAGAGGGGAAGUGUUACCCCCGGGCACCUGGCCGAUGUGGGAAAAGAGAUGGGGACCUUCAUAUUAUUUGUCCUAGGAUUUAGUCUUGGGGAGGUGGGGGCCCACUUUACUCUUAGACCACAUUAAGGCCCGUAGGGUUAAGAAAAAAUACCCUGUUUCCUCGAAUAAUAGCCGUCCCUCGAUUAAUCUCCUCCCUCGAGUAAUCGUCCCCCUUUGACGGAAAUAUUUGAAAUAAUCGCCUCCCUCGAAUAAUCGCCACCUUUUGGUGGGAAAAAAGAAAUAAUCGCACCCGGCUAUUAUUCGAGGAAGUACGGUAUUAUCGCGUCGUGUUGGGAGGCUGCCAAACUUCGGGAUGACUGAGAGAAGAUUGGGAACGACUUAUGUGUUUUCAACAUGGCGAUAAUGUAUCGGUCAAAUCGAAGCUUCAACAUGCCCCCCCACCGGGCAUACCUCGGGCAUUUGACACCUUUGCCGUCCCGGGGAGGAGGGAAUUUGAUUAUCAGAGUCUUCCAGGGGGUGGGGAAUUUGAUCCCCAUGCUUUAGGGGUGGGGAAUUUGAACUGCACCCUCGAUUUCAUGUAACAUCUUUGGCGUGGCGAGCUAUGGGGGACGCGGUGUUAGAGGAUUUUCGUGGAAAAGAUUGUGCCUUUGUGGCCAAUUGGUUACGAGGAAAGGGUUUAAACAAGCUUUGUGGCGUAUCUGAAGUAUUUAAAUUUUAAAAUUUUUAAUAUUGGAUUCAGGCUUUGAAUGUAUGAAUGUAUUUUAUUGUUGUGUUAAAAAUACAAAUACAAUACCUAUACCGGCGAUUCAAUACAACAACAUAAAAUAAAAUAAAAUAAAAAGCUCAGGUGAACUUCUUUGACCUACUGCAAGUAUGUUAAUUAAUAAGGUGAGCGAUGAUGCAUGUCAGUGAAAUGGUCAUGAUGUAGUAAUCUCAAUAGGUGGGAUCUUUUUUAUAGAACGCUUUGUAUGUUGCAUGACGAAGAAAAGCUGAGCAUUCAGUGACCUUGUAGCAGCGAUUUCCGCCGCUUUACACGAGACUUUUGUUAUAUUUAUAAAGAUUUUGUUCGACAAUUGAAGGCGUUUCCUCCGUCCUUCUGUCAUUGUUGUGCCUGUGAAAUGUCCCCGGGGUGGGGGCAUUUGAUCACCUGAAUGGACCCCAGUGUGGGGCAUUUGAAUAGCCUGAGUAUCAGGCGUUUCUGGGGAAAAGGGGAAAAAUGGAAGCGAAAAAGGAAGAGAGGUGAAGGAAAGAAACGCCUGACACAGAUGCUUUUACUGGAGCCUUCCACCCUCACACAGCAUGAUUCGAUACCAUCCUUUCUCUUCUCCCCCUUCCCCCUCCCCCAUCUAAAAUCUCCUCUCCCCUAGCCCCGUAGGAAGGCCUGAUACUCAGGCUAGCAUUUGAACGGCAUUUUGGCCCGGGUAGGGGGGAAUUUGAACAAUAAUUUUCGAAAAAGUCAAAUGCCCGGGGGAUUGCCCGGGGGGGGGGGCAUGUUGAAGCUUCGAUUUGACCGAUACAUAAUUCAUGGCGAUCAAACAUGGCGAUCAACAUGGCGCGAAUGUAGCGCACAACUUGACAAGUCGCACAAGGCGCGCAGCUUCAGCGGGGGCGGGGAAAAGAAAGGUAUGCGUCAAAAUCCAGUCUUUUGCCUAUCACACAGACUCUUGUUAAGUUAUUUGUAAGUAGUGACAGACACUAGAAGGUUAAAUAUUCUAGAGUAAGUAAAAUUCGUUAGAAGUAACUCAAAAAGUCAUCUUUAAUUAGUACGCCGGUUUUUCAUCCUGGAAGACCAAGAGAAAAACCUGGAAAUUUCGUUUCCUUGUGGCGCAGGCAAUCUUCAGAAUGGAUAAGAGACAGAAAAAUGUUGCCCUUGUCUAGAAUUCCCCCUCCAAUUAACCCAGCCUGAUGACUGAGUUUUGUUUUUAACGCCUCGGACGUUCACCAUUCACUCUGGCCCUUCCUGAAAGUGGAAAGCAGAAUUCACUGGAUUUCAUGUGCAUAAAAUUAGAUCUGCUUGUUGCCACAAACCAUAAGAAGAUGGAGUUUAGGGAAUUUUCAACUGACUAAUAUGAUAUAUUGCAUAUUGUUUUCCCAUUAGGCCAUGCAGAUGCAGGAAGAGGGAGCUCACACGUUCCCAACCUACAAAGCUCUUCUAAAUGCUGUUGUAGCCGAGUUAUACGAUCAUGAAUGGUUUUAUGCUGCAUUUAUGCCAGAAAACUGGGAAAACCAACUGAGUGCCUACUAUUAUGAAGGUGCAUUUAACUGCGACAUCGUAGACCUCAUUAUUUAUGCAUUAACCAACCUUACAGAGAAAGCCUGCAAAGUGAUUACAGUAGCCUCUGAUAAGGUGGCCUUCAUACACAAUAUCACACCCAACAGGGAGGAGAAGAAAUGUCUCCAACCUGGGAUCAUGUUCAUGCUCAAAGACUUGCACUAUGAGCCCCUGGUUAAAAUAGUAAGUGAAUCCAUAUUUUUUUGUGAAUAAGAAGAUUUUCUGAUGUGAAAUUCCCUACCGAGCUCUUUCUUAAUGCUCUGGUAGAUGAGUUACCGUUUUCCUGAAAGUCCUGAUGUUUCCACUCGAGGGAAACAAAUCUAACUGUUUCCCCACUUUCACUUCAACAGUAAUAACCGGAGCAAUAGCCGGAAUGAUUCAAAACAGUUGAGACCUGGCACUUUUGGGAAUUAAAUUUGUGUCAACACAAAUUUAAUUCUCAAAACCACUGAAUGAAUGAUUUACAAAGUACUUUCCUUUUAUUAUUUGCAUCUUUUUCCUCCACUAGCUGCUGUUUCUCUUCUGGGAUAACAUUGAAAAUCGCUGCUCUUUAGCUUGAGGCUUCAUAUUAUUGUGCUGUUGUGUUCAUUCACGAAAAAGAAAACUGGCGAUGUUUUUUGCGCUUUCUGUCACACCACUUUCCACCAUGCUUUGAUCACAUGCUGUAAUGUAGCCUAGCCUGAGCGGGGUACAAUAAAUAUUAAUUUGAUUGCUCAAAUGUAUCAUGAUCGGGAUACAUUUGAUUUUAGUCAAGGCCAUGUGACUAAGAAUAAACCAGUGGCAGUCGUUGUUUAGUUGAGAGAAAGUUUAGGAAUAUAAUGUAUGGUCUUAUUCCCGAUCCAUACCUGAGAGUUGGGAAAGCCAGUCAGGCAUGGACUAUUUUCAUGGCAGAUUAAAUAUGCCAUGAAUAUCCUAAGCACUUGACUGGGUUAAAUUUCAACAACAACAUUGUGUGUUUAUUUACUUAUUUAUUUAACAUAAUUCAACAUACAAUGUAACAUAACAAUGAACUUUAUAAUAACAGGGCAAAAAAAGGAGGCAAAACAGUAAAAUAAAAAGACAGCAAAAUACAAAAGUUCAAUAGUUUAACAACAACAACUGAAAACGAGAAAACAUCCACUUUUGUCCACAGUGAUUUUCAUAAUAUCAGCGUUUAGGGAAGGCUUAAACAAUAUCAUUAUGUCUUUACUGUGUUUGGAACCAUGCGCAAACAGGAUUUCACCACCCCAUUCUGCACGCCACACAUUCUCUAAGCUAGGAUCGCCAUAGGUUUCUUGUAAAAACAAUUAUAUACAAUCUAUUCAGAUAGAGCCACCGAAAGAGCUUUCGCCAUUAAUGCACAAAUAAUGUAUAAAUUAAGUUAGUUAUUUAUGCAUUAUUUGUUCGUUAUGUUAUUCCCCAUUUAUGCCUAAGAUUAUUUAUUUUCAGUGUCUGCUACCAAUUACAAAUCUACAGAUCAGCUUCUGUUUUGUUAUGUUAGCUCAUUUUCAUUUCAAUACAAUUUCUUUUCCGUGCCUCGAAUAGCAUUUCUUUGCUAAUUUGUGGGGCAAUUGUAUUUAGGUUUAAAGUUUCUGUUUUGUUUGAAUUUAAAAUGAAAAAAUAGCGUCAGUUAAUUGGCGACUACUGUUUUUAUGGUGCAUUUUAAAAAAGUACCAUCAAUGCAGCGGUCUCCAACUGGUUUGAUUUAACAGUCACAUUGUGGAUUUAACCAGCAUCAAUAAGUACUACAUGAUGCUAUUUAUACCCAUGAGUGUAAAAUAAUAUUCAUGAGCAUAAGAAUUGCAAAGAUGAAGACAGCCUUGGCAUAAGCAUAAGUGUAAAUACAAGCUAGAGCUUUGUAUUCUUUUUAUGGUUAAUUGGUAGACAUUUGCAUCCUCACCAGUGCAAAAGCUUCUCCUGUGCCUAUGAUAACAUCGCAUUAAGUAAGGAGGGCUUUAAACUCUAAAUACGACAGUUAAAGUCAUAGUCUUUUCUCUUCUUUUAGGAACAGCAUCAAAGUUAUCACGAAAAUCUAGAGACUUGGACAGCUUGCCCAAAUGAAGUGCUUACAUCAAAGGCAAGAGGUAUUGAAAAUUUAAAAGAGAAAUUGAUUGACCUGAGGAAUGCAAAGACUAUGGCAGAUGAGAAGAUGAAAACAUCUGAUGAUACAACUUCAAGCACUAUGCAAAUUUUGAAAUUUGUGAGGCACUUGAAGUUGUAUCAUUGAUCUUAAAAGAUCAUUGAAGAUAAGUUCUCAUGGCAUCUUAUACAAGACCGUCUAUGUUCAGUUCGAAUUACAAUUAUCCUAGAACAGUUAAGGUUUCCUGUUAACAUGUGCAUUGUUUUGGAAUGGGUGUCAGGGGCGUAGCCAGCAAUUUGGCAUACAAGGGUUCUUAGGAUGUGUUGUUGCAAGAGGCAUUGGUUGUGGCUGCAUGUCCUCAUAAUGUCGAUUUCUUGAUUCUGGCCACAAAUUUCUAAUAGCGUCAGUGUCAAAUGUAGCUGGAAUUUCUAAGAGGUAGUUGCAGAUCACUCUUCCUGUAGAAAUGGUUAAAAGUGUGCCAUUCAGUAGUUGUUGAAUACAUAACAUACUUUAUCAAGGACUGUGGUCUUGUAAUAGACUGUUCACUCAGCUAGCAUAUUAGCAAGAAGGUGGUGCCUUGUAUGCUUCCGUGCAAAAAUGUUGAUUGUUGAACUUACAUCAAGAGCUUACUGUAAUGGUUGUUUAUUAGAGUAGCCUGCGUAGCAGGUGCUCAGUUUAUGAGCCAAGCAAGGCUGAAUGGGGCUUGUCUGCAAAGCGAGAAACCAGUGCAGAGGGUUAGACGAGGGGAGAGCAAAGAAUAAAGCAAGUCCAGACAAUCGUUCCCAGGGCAUGGCAACUUUUGAGUGUGUUCUCCUGCUCAUGUAUAUUUGGUGACAUAAAAUACACACAGACUUGUCUAUGUUUCAGUGGAAAGAAUUCACAGCAGUCCACCUGGUCCCACUGGGGAAGCAGGUUUAAUAGGAGAACCAGGACCAGAGGGAGCACUGGGUGAUAAUGAAAAGAAAGGUGCAAAGAUCCAGCCUGGACCUUCGGGUGAUCAAGGGCCUCAAGGCGGUGAUGGAGACCAGGGUGCUCAAGGUGAGUGUGCGGACUUAGGGUGUGUAAGGGGUGGAGGCUUGGGGGGGGGGGUAUUCCUCCCCAUGGUCCAGGUCGUAGACCUUCCAUGGACGAAUCAUACUCCUUUCACCUACCUACUUAAAUCCGAACUUUACAUCCCUUUUGAUUACUGGGGGACGGGGGGCCUUAAGAAAGCUUUAUAGGCGGGGGAGUCCACUUUGAGCUCCUGGUCAUACACCUUCCAUUGACAAAUCGCACCCCUUUUACAUACCUUUACUUUAGAACUUUUCAUCCCUUUUAAUUUAUUACUGUAGAUGCACUGUCUUCAAAAUUUGAAUAGAUCACAAAACUAGAAGGUUUCCUUGACUUCUUCACAGUUCAUUUGUUAGCACUUUUAGGCCUUUUACAGAUGAAAAUGACAAAUUUCCCUAUUUCAAACUUAAGGCUAAACAGAUUCGUGUUUAAAGGGGGUCUAAGUGGCAAAUUUUAGCCUAACAGUUUCUUAGUCGCAGGUUUUACUGUAAUGCUCUUACAUCUGUGAGGUGCUCAUCUUCUGGUAUUUGUUGCAGGACCCAAAGGUGAACCUGGACAAGCGGCAACUGGGGUGAAAGGUGAGAAGGGAGACCAGGGUGCAGAUGGGGAUGUUGGAAACAGAGAUCCCCAGGGACACAAAGGAGAGAGAGGAGUGGAUGGUUCACCGGGAAGUCCUGGAGAUCCCAGUCCCUCUGUUGAAAGAGGUAAGUUUUUAUAUCACUAGAGACUUCCUUCUCUAGUGAUCUUGACUACGGGGACUAGAAAAACUCCAAAUCUCCUACUUUUUUAAUAACUCCGAAAGUUCUCCACUAGCUCCUUACAGUGUGAUAGACUCCUUACAACUAGGUAAACCUGCUAGAGCGGUUUUCACUUGACUGUCGUAAAACCAAAACCAAAGUAAAUACACUAGCCAACCAAAGGGCGUAGUAAAACCAAAACCAAAACCAAUCCCUUUCGACAGUCAAGUGAAAACCGCUCUAGUUACGGAUCGCAAAUUGACCAAUCGGAUGGCGAAAACAGACUCAGCCAUAUAAUAAUGAUUCGUUAUUGAUUUUUUUGUAUUACGUUAAAUCACAAGAUGACGUUAUUCCUUGUCCAUUAGGGACGUGAUUACUUAAGUUUCGCUCAAACCACACUUUUGUUAGUUGGCUUUGUUUGUAUUGUAUUUGUAUUUUAUUUUUACUCCAUCCUAUAGAUAAUACAUUAAUUGUACAAUAUCAAUUAGUACCAGGUUGAUUAAAGUUAGAAUGGAGAAGGGCACAUUAUAGAAAACUAAUUAUGGCCCUUUAACAGGAUUGACUUUAUUCUAAUAUAGCUUUGUUAUUCAUUAAAACACAAACACGCACCCACGCACACACACACGCACACAAGUCAAUAUUGAGCAAGACAAUAUGUUUUAAGUGCCUUUUUGAACAUAUUCAAAUAAAAGACACCAACACGAGAAACUAAAUUAUUUAAACACACAAAAAAGGAAACAAAUAACACAGAACUAUCCAGCUUCAAAAGACACGGCCAUCAUCAUCGCUGACCUCUGACCGCUGACCUUUGUUUGGGCAAAACGAUAAGUCGUGGACUAAGUCGUGUCGUUAGUACAGUUUGUCCAGUUUAUCUUUGAAGUUGUUUGGUCAAGCUCUUACAAGCGGGACUGUUGUGUAAGUGUUUAAGUUUCUUUUUUAUACCUAACCUUUUCGAUAAGACUCCUUUAGCUUACACCAGUUUUUUCAUCGCAUGUUUUCCUCAACUAUGUUACCACGUGGCAUAGGUUAGUUGAUGUUACUUAAAAUGUUACUCACCUUUCACUUGGUUAUUAGUACGUUUUAGAGUUUGUUUUUCAGAAUCUUUUCAGUAGUUUGUCUCUUUUGCUUUUAUAUAGUUUCAUUAUUUGUUUGUAUUUAAUUUCGACCUUAUGGUUCUACGGAUCUUUAUAGUACAUCGAACUGUUUUCGCCUUGUUAUUAGAUGUAUCUUUUUGUAAUCUCGAAUUUUGUAUUUGUUAAUUCGUUUUCGAUUAUUUUCUCAAGUCUUGAUUCGUUUACCUUCUUCGGCUUAGGCUUAGUGUAACUUGCAACUUUGCAAUGGAAUGAUUGGAAUGUAGUUUGUAUGUCGUUAGAAAUCAGCUUAGCCUUUUUUGUAUUGCAUGUUUCAGUUUACGAUAAGGACUUGGAUCCUAUGAUCACGUUGAAUAAACGAUUCAAGACUCCUGUCGGUAAAAUAUUUCCUCGCUUUAUAGUGUGUCGUCGCUCGCAAACUCAAGGUCGUUGUCGUAAAUUACUUCGCUUGUGUUGGCCGCUACAUAUGGGCUCUUGUUGUGCGCAUAUAUAUGCGCGUCUGAGAAGAAAAUGGUCACAUACUUGGGAAAAAAACCCACAAAGCAGGAAAGAUCGCAAGUAUACGAGUCAAAAAACCGCACGUAUAUCGUGUCGUAAUUUUGAAACAAAUGGCCGACCAUAAAUGUUAUCACUGCUGUUGUUAUGGAGUGUGGAAUGUGAUAAUAUAAGCUCAAAUUUAUAAAGCUUUCUUGAAUAGACCUACUUCCGAUAAAUUUAAUACUUUCUCUAGUAAUUUUUAUCAGCAUCAUAACUUCUAUAAUCUUCUGAUGUCUUCGUCCGCAAAAACGAUCUAACCUGUAAACUGGAUCUAUAGUCCAGAGCGUGUUGUUGCCGGUUAAGAAUUUACAAGGUUGCUGUGACUGUCGCGACCAUUUUGCAAUUUCAGUAGCAAAGGACGAAUACGAUAUGCGAAAAAAAUAAAGAGGUAUACUAUUAUUUUUUCAAUUUAAUGUUGAAUUUUUUUUCUGUAAGUUCGCUUCUCGCUUCUAAAAUAUUACUUUGGGAAAAAUACUGCAAUAAAUUAUCCGCUGAUCACCACGAUAAGUGACCGCUUUGCAAGUUGGGAGAACAUUCUCGAUCCCAGACCUCGUUUCGUCCCCUCCCCCCAUUCCCUACUGGGUGUCGCCUUUACCAGAACUAACCAGAACUAGGCUUGAAUUCCAUUGAUUGUCAGAAGUUACCUUCGUUAACUGCAUAACCAGUGUCAGAAAAAGUCCAGUGAAAGGACAGUAUAAGGACAGCUUUUCUUUGGGAUCAGGUAGGUACGAAUGCAUUGGAAUGGAUGAUCCAUUUGAAACUCGUUUUCCCAUGUUUUGGGUACAGGUAGACUGGAAUAUUUUGUAGAAUGGGGAAGGACUCUGAAACUUAGUGAUUAGGGUCAGGAAACUGAGUGAAUGAGUUUCAGGUUUGCUUACCAUGGUAUAAUGAACCCAACAGGAACUUGAUUUAUUCAGUUUCUUAACUCUAAUCAUGAAACUUCAGGUCCUUCUGUGUGUAUUGCGACGGUUCGGCGGUCAAGUAUUGAAUUCUGACUGGAUUAAUGAAGCAUCAAACUUCGAAACGGCAAAAAGAUGAUCUACGCGGAGGAAAAAAGGUCAACUGACAAAAGUUAACGAAACGAAAAGCUCUUCACGUCCGAGAUUUGUUGGACACAACUAAAGUUGGACAAUUAAUUCCUAUCAUUUUGAUCAUACUGACCAAUAAACGCGUUAAUUUAUUCCGUCACAAUCUAUGAACCAAAAACAAUCCGGCAACAUAAAUUGUAUUAUUACAGUCAAUCCAGGUGAAGCGUACCCCGCAAGAUACCAUAAAUGAAUUUAUUAUUCAAAAGUUGAAUCCGUUGGUACUUGUAGACUUCAAUUCAUCUCUGCAUCCUUGCAUGCGCAAUGAGCCAUGAAUUCACACGCGAGGCACUUAGGAAAUUUCUACCAGCUCAGUUUCCCUGAAUUUGAUGUAAAUGUCUUCUAAGAAAUUUCAUCCAUUCAAAGAUUCUCAAUCCGUCCAAAUACAGAGAAGUUCUCGUAACAUAUUCACUGCUCAUUACGCAUGCAGAAUGCCGAAUUGAAUUUGAAUACGGGAACAACUGACGAAUUCAUUCUUUCAAAUUAUCAAUUCAUUAUAUAAUAUUUUUACACUGGGCUGUUAAGUAAGACUUAAGAGCGGCUAAGUUUUACUUAACCAAAAAAUACGUGUGAAGGCCUAAGUAAAAUCUCAAGUAACUUUACUGUGCAUCUCAUUAAAGUCGGAAAGUUGAGACGCUUUAAGAAUGUUUCAAGUGACGUUGAGAAAGGCUAAGCAUGUCAAUCAAUUCCAAUUCUCGUAUGGAAACUAGACCGAGACUGCGGUAAUGUCGGAACAAAAGUUUCAACUGCGAAUUGUGUCGUUCUGUUUAUUUUCUUGACCCAUUCACAGUAAAAACCGAUCAAGCCUUCCUACGAAGGAUAAAUUAAAGCUGAUUAUUUUGCUGUUGAGCUCAUUUUUUGGUUUAAUAUUGUUCUCUUCAGCUGAAAAAUUAUAAAUUCAAACUAUGCCUCGAUUCAAAAAUCGAAUCAAUGGUAGUCUUUAGACUAGAGCCUAAAUAAGCUAAGAAAUAUUCAAGACAAGUAAAUUUAAAAGAAAGCUUCACACACAACCUAUCCUUUUUACUUCAGGUUUACUUAAGCCUAUUUUCCCACGCAACGUAAUUAACAUUGUCGAAACACCCUAACAGGUCUAAGAGCAACACAGCAUAACAACAUUACUGCGACAUUGGUUCAAAAGGUUGCAACAUUCCCAGCUGUGUUGCGCUUAAAAUCAUCGUUGCGAAUCGUCCCGUGACGGUGUAACAUCAAUGUAAGAAACCAAUCAUCUGAGAAACAUGAAUUUAAAAGCAACUGUCAUUUUAGAAAGAAAAAGAAGUUGUUAAUAACGCCAUUUUGUUACAGUCUAAAAUCUAACGUGAGUUUCAGCAACAGACUCUGAAACCAAGAGACGCAAGCAUUAGUAUUUAAGUCUUAUUUUAUUUUAUUUUAUUAUUUUGCCACACACAAUGAAUUACAAGCAGAAUAAAAACGAUAAUAAAUAGGUUAAUUAACAUUAAAUUUAAAAUUUGUACAUUACUUGGGAGGAGUGACAGUGGCGGGGAAAAAAAAGUCGUAAAUGAAAGGAGUAAAAUAGAACAAGAAAAAGUGUUGUAAAAUUUACAGAGAUCCGAGCAUAUGAAUGACUGAAAUCAGAAACUCAUAAUUCAACCCCUUAUGCGUUUCUGCUGAAAUAGAUAGAGCCACAUUUAUUUUUGUUAGGUCCAAUUAGGUCAGUUAUAUAAAUAGCUUUUAAGAGCGAAUGCACAGAAAAAUCGAGCAAAAUCGGCAAAUCGUGGCCACAGCUCAAAACCUAACUUACUCUCAUUUUCAGUCUGUAAUAAGGUUUUAAUGAGUUUAUAACACUGCUGAGGUUUAAAUUUCAAAAUGCGGCCGAGUUUGGGAAUUAUUUGAGAUUUUCGAUUUCAACGAUCUGCGGGCCUAAAAUUAGCCGCCGAACAAGGCAAUAUAGCCUAGCGACAGAAAUGAGCUGACUUUCAUAAAUGAGCGAAUAUAUUGCCAAUCUUCCACUUAAAUCUCAAAAAGCAGAUAUCUAACAAUUUCUGAAUGCCUUAUUUUUUAGAUUUAGAGUAUAAAAUAUCGACGAACCAGCAGAAUUUUGAAACGUAAUUUGCAUAAUGCUUAUAAAUACAACAAUUUACCGCUAAAACCAAAAUCGAAUUUUCUAUAUGGGGGAAUUCUCCAAAUCACCCCAAAUCCCGCUUACUAACUAAUGAGAUAUAGUACUUCAACAUUAUCUGAAAGUUAGUCUGGUGUUCUUGCGAACGCUUGUAAAAUAGAUUGAUUAUUUUGAAGUUAUUUUGCCCCAAACAACUGCUAAUUGACCCCAGGGUCAAUUGACACGUGCACGUCACCUUAGUUUUAUGCAUCGAUUUGAGCUCGUUAAAAGGGAGAAACUAACAAGAUUCUUUUAAUAUGUACCUGUUUUAAUGAAAUACACGCAAUCCUCAAAGGAGAGGCCGUUCAAUGGGUAAUUUCUGUUCUUGAGAUCUUGAAGAUUGCAGCAUGGCGUCUGCGAGUGGACCUGAGUCUAGGUCUGUUUUCCCGUGACUGCGAAAUCAGAAUAACAUCAAGAAAUAAUUCUCCCUCGAAUCUUCGUAAGUGAAUCAGCUUUGCAAUGCCUUACCUGAGAUAAAAAGUGGGCCGAAUAGCAAAACAUUUCCAGCGUAAUUUGGAUCCUUUGUCGAACGCAGUGUAUUGCCGAGCGAAAGGUCAGUAAACAAACGUGGGAAAAUACGUUACCUUUGAUUGCGUGACCAGCCAGUAAACGAUAGUCUCCAGCGAAAAAUAGGAUUCGCAAAACUCUUGCUGAUGUAUAUUUAACAGUUUGUUACUAUAAAUUUACACCUGGUUUGUCUAAAACUUUAAACAAUGCAUAUCUGUCCAAGAGUAUAAGAAUGUUUCGAAAGAUCCACCCCUAAAUAACUGUGGGCUAGUCCUUUUCCCCCAUCACCGAUGUGUACUUCCUUCCCACUGUCUUUUGCAUGGGGCUUGUAUGCCUUUUUAACUGUUAUCGAUACUUAAAACUGGCCGUUUAAGGCCUGGUUUAAGAACUUGACUGACUUAAAAAACCGUCGCGAACAUGCGCUAUUAUUGUUGGACUUUGGAAGCUUAAAAGCCCAAAAUGAUGGUGCAAUCUCGAGAAAUUUGCCCGGGUCUAAUAAAAAGACAGGGAACGGGUACCAAGAAAGGGACGGUCUCAUUUAGCAACCCGUGGACAAUCUGGGCAUGCUUGCCUUCUUUCGAAGGUGCCCCGCCCCCACCCGAGAGGAUUGCAUGGCAUCCACCAUUUCAGUCGCUUUUUCCACAUCAUGACCUUCAAUUAUCAUGAAUUAUAAUGCGGGCCUUGAUCGUUGCCACCUUACCAGAAGUCUAAUCUUCGCACUGUUAGACCAUGAGAAUCUCUAUUAUUAUUCCAUAAAUGCACCAUUGAAUUUUCCUUGCUCAGCUUCCGGGAAACCGAUACCCCGAAGCAAAAAUAGCUUUACAACGACUCUAUCCAGGCCAGAACUCCUGAUAUCAACAAAUAUACCCCCCUCACUAAAGAGAGCAAACGUUCCCCGAAAUAUUCACUUGACCCACCCCAUCCCUUCGUUAAGAAAAACUACGCGCUCAGUUCACUGGACAAAACGCGCUCGUGAAUAUACCAAACUAUAGCCGAAUAUCCUACAAGCAAUCUCAGUUUCAGCAGGCGUGGCCACGUUUCCAGUUGCUGUAGGAUUAAUUCGACUCCUGCAACAGACACUGUAAAUUAAAUAGCAGCCACAACGCCCUUCUUUGAGACCGUCAGGACGAGAAAGUUUAUAAAAGACUUUACAGGUGCGCGCGGCGGUUUUCUUUUCUUCCUUCCCUCCCAUUGUAGCACUCAAAUUCUGACCCUGGUAUUUAUUCUAGUAGUAAUCAAUCGUUCCUGAGCCGAUAGGCACAAGGAUACCAGUUUCUUGCAAAAUAUGCUGUGACAUCCGUUUGCUCAUCCCCUUUUCUGCCUUCGGCCGCUGAUUAGGUUUGGUUCUGUGCUUUGAAAUAACUUUAGGAACGAAACAUGAUACGUGAGGGGCGUGUCUGGCUAAGGGCAAGUGACUCUCGGUGGUGAAGACAUAUAUUGAGCUUGUCAGUAUUUCGUAACCUGUAGCACGUCGCGAAAAUAGAACAAGCCAAAGAAAAAUAAGACGCCUUUCUUUCCCCAGCCCCCGCAGGUUUUUCGCAUUACUUUUUACUGCACAACUGAUUCUACCUUUUCGAGCCGGAGCCAACAUGGACGCCCUUAGGGUUAAGUUUUCACUUCAUUUUCGGCACCUGACUAAACGCAAGCGCUGACUUGUGCGCCUAUGCUUCGUUUGCACUGAAGUAGCAGUAUAUGACCACGACAGACUUGCUGCUAUCCUUGGUUUGAAACCGCAAUGGGCAAGAACAAUUUCUUGAAAAGAGCAAACUAUUUCCCCCUUAGCAGACAUGGAGAAGAACUACUAGGACUUAAGCAAUGCCAUUGCUUAAGUCCUACUAGACUUGAAAAGAGAAAGCAUGAUGCUUUCUCUUUUUAAUGAUUUACGGCUAAACAGUACAAUUUCAUGUAGCUUUUACGUCGCAAAAUUAAAUACUUAGUUAUUUGCAGAUUUGCAUUCAACAACAAAUUACAGAAAUUUAACUAAGUUUACAUCUCAUAGAUAAGAAUUGAACGAAAAAAACUUUUGGGGUAAAAAAGUAAAAAAAUAAUGUUUGAUGGAAAAUCACUUAAUGGACAUACGAUAGCAGAGAUAUCAUGCCUGUAAUUUUCUGUUCAAUGCACCUUAUGACAAGUCUGACUAAUCCACUGGUAACCCAUGCCUUAAAACCGCCUUGAACCUUAAAAUUCAAUCCAUUUGCCUUUCAUGCGUAGUGCAAAUAUAUCUUCUGAACACUCCGGGGUUAGGGGUAAAAUCAGGAGAACAGAACAUUCAGUUACUGUACCAUUUUUAAAAGUGGGACAGUAUGUUUGCUAAUCAUCUUAGUUAACCGCUUUUAAAAUAGGACAAAAGGACACCUGGUCAUACAGAAAAAUGAAUUUACUGUAUCCCGAAAGCUUUGGUUUCACAUGCACUUAUUUUUCGCUGGAGACAAUCUAUAAUUGCCUGGUCACGCAAUCGGAGGUGAGUAACUAAUUUUAAUUAGUUACUCACCUGACUUUUAAAAAAGUCAUUAAUACCAUCGCCGCUUAGCAAAUACACUACGUGCUGCAAAGGAUCCAAAUUGCGCUAGAAUGUUUUCCUAUUCUGCCCACUUUUUAUCUCAGGUAAGGCACUGCAAAGCUGAUUCAUUUACGAAGGUUCGAGAGAGAAUUAUUUCAUGAUGUUAUUCUGAUUUCGCAGUCACGGGAAAACAGACCUAGACUCAGGUCCACUCGCAGACGCCAUGGUACAAUCUACAAGAUCUCAAGAACAGAAAUUACCCAUUGAACGGCCUCUCCUUUUGAAGAUUGCGUGUAUUUCAUUAAAACAGGUACAUAUUAAAAGAAUCUUGUUAGUUUCUCCCUUUUAACGAGCUCAAAUCGAUGCAUAAAACUAAGGUGACGUGCACGUGUCAAUUGACCCUGGGGUCAAUUAGCAGUUGUUUGGGGCAAAAUAACUUCAAAAUAAUCAAUCUAUUUCACAAGCGUUCGCAAGAACACCAGACUAACUUUCAGAUAAUGUUGAAGUACUAUAUCUCAUUAGGUAGUAAGCGGGAGAAUUCCCCCAUAUAGAAAAUUCGAUUUUGGUUUUAGCGGUAAAUUGUUGUAUUUAUAAGCAUUAUGCGAAUUACGUUUCAAAAUUCUGCUGCGAUAUUUUAUUCUCUAAAUCUAAAAAAUAAGGCAUUCAGAAAUUGUUAGAUAUCUGCUUUUUGAGAUUUAAGUGGAAGAUUGGCAAUAUAUUCGCUCUUUUAUGAAAUUCAGCUCAUUUCUGUCGCUAGGCUAUAUUGCCUUGUUCGGCGGUUAAUUUUAGGCCCGCAGACCGUUGAAAUCGAAAAUCUCAAAUAAUUCCCAAACUCGGCCGCAUUUUGAAAAUUAAACCUCAGCAGUGUUAUGAGUUCAUUAAAACCUUAUUACAGACUUAAAAUGAGGGUAGGUUAGGUUUUGAGCUGUGGCCACGGUUUGCUCGAUUUUUCUGUGCAUUCGCUCUUAACACGAAUCACUUUCAAACAUGGCAAGUUUACUAAUUCCAGUGAAGGCGAAGGAUUUUCUCUCCCUGGUCCAAGUCAAAAAGUUAAAAAAACCGCGGAAGGGCCUUUGAUCAUUAAAGAGUCUUAAACCCCAACAUCACCUUCAGAGUAUACAGGUGAACUCAGGCACUGGUCGUUACCAGAUCGUUACAGUCAACCCCCUGUUAUUCCGAAAGCCCCUUAGGGACCUCAAGUCAGCGUCUUUUUUAUAUAUAAACAAUAUUUAUUGCAGCAUUUGCUCUAAGAGCCUAAAGGGCUCAUCUAGAGAGCUUACGCUAGCUGUUUACAUUAAAUAUUUUAAAAAUAAUACAUAGAUUUAGCCAGGGCUAAAAACGAAGCUCUCGAUAAUAUUUAUAUUUUUUUCAAACAAAAUAUAAAAUCGUGUAAUGCUAAGCGGCGAAGGCAUGCAACGCCGGAAAACGGUGAAAAACAACAAUAGAUCUAAUUAGCAAAAGCAACUUGGGACGUGCAGCACACUUUUUUUGCACAUUUCUUUGGCGUUGUUUUGCACGACUACAACUUGAAACUUCUUAGUUACACGUUUUAUGGAGGAAAUGUCGUUUCCCGUUCACUUUUUUUCACUGCCGCUCAUUUUCACCUUGCAUUGGUGGCCGCUACCAUUUCUCAUUUUGUCACCGCCGCUACAAAAUUUUCAUGUUGUUCUUCCAACAAAAAAAUGUCUCCUUUGUUUUUUAUCUCUCGCUCUAAAUCCCUGUCGCCCUUUUUCUCGUUGAGCUUCGCUGGCCUGCCGCCCACUUUCUCUUUUUCUCUGUCUUUCUCUUGCUCUAUAUUCCAAAUUUGUGGACAUGACAAUUUAUCUAAGCUUAAUACUUUAGACAACACGGAUACAGAAACAAUUUCAUCUUUAUUAACUCUUUUGUUGUCUCUGCUUUACAAGACGCCGGUGGCUAUGCAAUUUUCCGCCAAAACAACCUCGAGUUGCAUUUGUGUUACCAUACCUGUUGAUUGUGUUAUUUUACAUUGGUAUGCCUGGGGUGCGAACGGACGGUCUCUCGGGGCGGGGGGGGGUCGGUCGGUCAGUAUGGUCACGUGAUUACCAAAUUUUCUCGGAUGGGUAGAUUACUUCAUUACCCAUGGUGGUCCGCUGGCGCGUGUCGCGCGCAAGAGCUCCGCUACAAAUGCACGUCAAGAUCGAACACACACGCAUAAGUUCUUGAAAAAAAUUCAUCAGGCUAGUAAAGUUAAUAUCUAUAUUAAAUGUUCCCAAAUCAUAGCUAAGAAACGUCUUAAUGAUGCUGACAGUUUUGCGCUGCCUGUCAGCCAUCUUUAUCAAAACUAGAAAACUAUAGUUUUGAUGAAGAUGGCUCACAGUCAUUGAAACUGUCAGCAUUAUUAAGACUUUUCUUGGCUAUGUUUUGAGAACAUUUAAAUAGACACACACAUAGAAAAAGCGAAAGAAUAAAAAGAAAAAAACAAAACAAACAAAUAAAUAAAUAAAUAUAAAAAAAAAACACAGCAAUUAACAGAAGCGAUUUGAUAGCAAACUAAACGACUGGACAAGCUGAAACAACUUUACGUUAAUUUGAAAAUCAGCAGUAGAAAUACCAUUUAACAGCCAAUCGAUUUUUUUUCUUAUCUGAGGCAAAAUGCGAUCUAUUUCCAAGUAACUGUGCAGCGGAGGUAAAAAACUUUUCACACAGAGCAGUAAAACUUGGGCAGUAUAGGAAGUCAGCGUCUUUAAUGGCGACAGUUUGUCUUAGCGACGCGCGGAACAAAUUUUCUAGAUUGUCUACAACUUUUGAGGUUGGAUUUCCGUAAAUCCUUUCACAAUAAUCUUACUUGAAAGAACUGACGGCCAUUUGCAUUGUCGAACGAUGGAAGAAAAGUAUAGUCUAUCUACGGUUUUUUUUCCUGAGUGCAAUCAUGCACAGGAAAGUCAUACAUGUCAAUUUUUCGUUUUUCCCUGCCAUAUUUGCAAUACCAACCGCGGUUGUUGAGAUCCAGAAAUUUUGCUACAACAAUGGCAACGCGACGUAACGGCUUCUCCCUAGUAGUUCAUUAUUUUCCAUGCAACCCUGAAAACUGUACGCAUAAGAUAUCCUAGCGGUCGAUUUCUUCCAAAUAUUUCAAACUCAGCUUUACCCUUGGAAGAAGCUAGUUCGUUUUAGUCUGUUCACAACUACAAACAAAAGAGAACCAAAGAUUGAGCCAUGAGUCACUGCUGAAGAGAAGGCUACAGAUCAGGUGAGUGCGAUGAAAAGUACAUAAAAAUAAUCAACUGUGCCGUUUUCUUUCUCAGGAAAUGUAUAAGGCAAAGCGCGUUUGUGUGAUUGGUGCAGGACCUAGUGGAAUGUCUGCUUUAUAUCAAUUCAAGCAGUUGGAAAUGAAGGGACAGGACAUUCCAGAAAUUGUGUGCUUUGAAAAACAGUCUGAUUGGGGUGGUCUCUGGAACUAUUCAUGGCGAACAGGUAGGAGAUUAUUUUGCUGUACCUUCAUAAAUGUCGACAAUUCUCUCGACCUAGCGUGCAAAGAAAGUAGUGUCCGAUAGCCCGGGGCUAGUGAAUUUUUCUAUGGGGCUAGUGAAUUCUGUUUUUAACUUGCCCGACGGAUAAGUGAUGUUUUUUUGAGGAAUUUGAAUAACAGAAGAACUGUGAAAUCAAUUCUGCUCGUCAAAUGCUUUUGGGGCUAGUUGAAAUGAUGUCUGGGCUAGUAGAUGCUAGCUUCAGCUUGCCCGAAUGGUAAGCUGGAAAAAUGAUUUUCUUUGCACCCUGCGACCCCUCUCGUGUUUAUAUCAGGCUAAGCAAAUACAGGAAAAAAGUUUUUUAUCGUUUUAAUAAAUUAACUUUCCCGCGAAAAAAACGCAAAACGCUUAGUUAUGGCACUGUUUAAAAGAGAAAUUGUCACUAGUUGCGAAGACUUGUACACGAAGUUUUGCACGCGUAAUCUUGUUUUGCAAAAAAAGACUUUCCAAUCAGAGCACACGUACUAUCUUAAUUAUUUUUAUAAAGUUUAUCAUUCUCACCGUAAACGACUAAGUAAGUUACAGGGAACGCGGAGAAGAUGGGGCUGAGGGGUGUGGUUCACCAUUUUACUUUCGUUCACCAGGCCUCCGUUCUUCAAAAGGUGGAGAGCGCUACCCACCAGUAUCCAACGGAUAAGUGUUAGGGAAACCAAUUGCGUUUUGCAGUGGAUAGUGAUUUACCCGAUGGAUUGCGUUAUCCACCUUUCGAACAACUGGGGCCAGAUAAAUCUCUAUCCAGCUGAUAGUGCAAUUAGUUUCCCCAUGAAUACUUAUCCGCUGGAUAGCGCUAUCCAACGUUUGAGUGACCGGGGCCGGAUUCAAUACUCACAGAAAUAGCUUCAUAUACGCCGAAAUAAAUCCAACAAAAAGGAUGAUCUCUGUUGAAUUAAAAUUGCGAAGUGUUUAAUUUUGCUUGUUUUGAUCCAAAGUUGUUUUUAGGGUGUACAGUCAACUCUCUCUAAGACGGACACUUUUGGGACCGGCACUAAGUGUCCAUCUUAGAGAGGUGUCCGUCUUAUAGAGAGUCAAAUAAAGGGAGUACAGAAGGGCAAGGACCAACUCUAGGUGUCCGUUUUACAGAGGUGUCCGUUAAGAGACAGUCGACUGUAUUCUUAGAACUGUGGCUGAGGAUGAGGGAAGAGAAUAAAAAUGUGGUGUUGAAUGAGGGAACAGCUUUAGAAUUAUGAUAGCGGUAGAUAGAAAACAGCAGAAAUGUAGGGGUGGUGAUGAUGGUGGAGGAGGGAAAACCAAUUUAAUGUAAUUGUGAUAGAUGGAAAACAAUAAAAUGUGGGGUUGUAUUAAUGACGGUCGAGAGGAGAUAAAUGAAAUGAAGUGGAGAAGAGAAAUUAUUAAGUGGUUUUCAGGUGAACAAGAAUGAUUAACCGGUAAGUAAGUAAGACCAGGUCAGGGGCGGAUCUAGGGGGAGGCUGCAGGGGGUGCCCCCCUCCUAAGAUGACCUGCGGCUUCCUAUUAUAAACAAUUAAUGGAUGAGGUUUUGUGAUAUCCGGAAUAAUCAAGGUCGAGGUAAGUGUUAUUAGCCGAGCCGAACGCCUAGGCUGAUAACACUUACCUAGACUUUGAUUAUUCCGGGUAUUAGAAAAACCGAAUCUAAUAACUGUUUUAAUUAUGUGUGAAAGGUUUGAACCCAGGAGUCAUUUCAAAAGUAGGUUGUGUUUGAUCGUCCGGGUGAACGUAGUCCUGAAUAGGGCUGUUGUUGUUGACAGUGACUGACGUUUCGACAACCUGUGCGGUACUCAUCUUCAGAGUCAAAGUGAGUUGUAUCACGUCAGUUGAGGGUAUUAUACUCUGGUUGUUGAUCUGAUUGGUCAAUUACGUCGCGAUGUUAUUGGUCGUCUGUCAGUUAAUCCGUGAUGUUAUUGGCUAUGAAGACUCUUAAUCAGUAAUCGAUGCGUUUCGAUCCGUCUAUUGUCACAGUUAAGUGUCUAUUGUUCUCAGCAGUUCCUACUGUAUGUUAUUUCCUGGUCAAAAUCCUUCUUCUUCGUAUUCGCUUUAAAAAUUUGUUGUCGUCAGCAGUCAGUUGUGCCAUUCCUUAGUGGUGCACCCACUACUAAGAGAAGUCCUGGAUCCGCCCAUGUAGAUUCAAUGCAAAUCUAUUAUGUUUGUUUGUUGAAUGUGAUGGUAGUGGUAUCUGUGAAUGGCAGGCAAGAGAAAUAUGGUGAUGGUACACUCUUCAUGAAGUAAUUGAAUCGAUAGAUGACCUGAGCACGUAGAACGUAGAACAAAAGAUGUAUCUGCUUUGUUCACAGAUACCGAUGAAUACGGAGAACAUGUACAUGGAAGUAUGUACCAGGGUCUGUGGACAAAUGCUCCUAAGGAAUGUUAUGAACUUCCAGACUAUACCUUUGAGGAUCAUUUUGGGAAACCUAUUCCAUCGUUUACACCAAGAGAGAUCUUUCGUAAUUAUCUGACAGUUAAGUAUUUUUAGAUAUUUUUUGAAGUAUUUGUUUUGAAUUAAAUUUAUUGUUUGGCUAAAGCCUUUUAGAAAAAGAUCCAAGUAUCUACUCCUAUUAAACCCCCGCCAAGGCUGUAAAUAAGUCGAAAAGAAAAGAAGUAUACAAGAUAAAGUUAGUCUCCUUUUGGGAACCAAUACAACUUUGAUAAGGAGCCAAAAUACCAAUACUGUUAGUUUUAAAAAUAGAAGAAGUUUGGAAUGCAACAUAACGCUGAUAGAAACAGUAAAAACAAUCCCGUUAUGGGUUACAGGGAGACAAAAGGGAGGAACAUACAUAAAAACUGUAUGUCUGACAAAACCCAGAUGGUGGGGAAACUCCCUCAUGGGAGGGAAUGCGAGUUUUCUGUAACCUCUAUUUUGUAUGUCUAUCACAGAAAUUCAAAAAUAAAAACUAAUAAAACUCACUUAAGAUUCUUUUCAACCAAGGGCUAUUCACAUUUCUUAGCUUUAAGAUUAAGAGUUUAACAAACGUUUUCUUUCACAGGCCGAUGGUCAAAAAGCAAACUUCGCCCUUGGGUUCACUUCAGUCAUGUUGUUCGUCAUGUGACCUACAACGAUUCUACCGACGACUUCACUGUAGUCGUCAAAAAUCUUUCAGAAGACAAGGUCCUUCCGGCUGAGCGAUUUGACUACGUCAUUGUAGCAAUUGGGCACUUCUCUGUAGCCAACAUACCUUCCUUUCCGGGAAUUGACCAAUUUCCUGGUCGAGUUCUUCAUUCACAUAGCUUCAGAAAUGCCUCUCACUUCAAAGGCAAAAGAGUUCUUGCCAUUGGUUCCAGCUACUCAGCGGAAGACAUCGCUGUCCAGUGUCUUAAGUACGGCGCUGAAAAUAUCAUCUGCUGUUGGCGAACUCGACCUAUGGGUUUCAAAUGGCCCCCACAGAUAACAGAAAAGCCACUACUAUCCAAGAUAGAAGGAAGCACAGUCCAUUUUAAAGAUGGCACCAGGGCGGAGGUUGAUGACAUCAUACUUUGCACAGGCUACCACUACUCUUUUCCUUUUUUGGAAGAGCGCUUGCGUCUCAAGACGACCAAUGUCUUGUACCCAGAGGGCCUCUACAAAUCGAUUCUCUGGACCCGGGGCGGAAAUGGCAAAGUUCUGUACAUAGGUAUGUUGGACCAAGCAUACACAUUCACCAUGUUUGACGCACAAGCAAAGUGGGUGGUCAAGUACAUCAUGGGGGAACUAAAACUUCCUGAUAAAGAUGAAAUGGAAAGCGACAGCAGAAACUGGAUGACAAAGUAAUUAUUUUUCUUGUUGUUGUUGUUGUUGUUGUUGUUUUAUCUUCAGGAAAAAAUACGGUAGCCCACAGGCCGGGGGCAAAACACGACUCAAUAUUAUGUCGAAAACACAACAAACUUCCCGAUACAAAACGAAAUUUUUUCCGUUACAAAACAAUUUUGCUUGAAACAAGACAAAGUUUCGUGACUCACAACGAUGUUUUGAGACACAAAACAGUUUCGCGCUAAUAAUAAUAAUAAUAAUAAUAAUAAUAAUAAUAAUAAUUGACACUUGUACAGAUUGUGCUUCACAGAAGCUCUAAAAACAAUAAAAAUAAUUAUAAAUGCAAGUAAAAUUAAGAACCUACUGAUGAAUGCGCUUCACAGAAGUUCUAAAAAUAGUAAAAAUAAUCCUAAAUAUAAGUAUAUACAAGUUAAAACAAGAACCUAGUCACGAAAAAACUUGGGAAAAUAAAAAUGUUUUCAGUUUCAUUUUAAAAGUUGAUGGAUUCAUCUUGGACCGUAUGUCACGUGGUAGGCUGUUCCACAACUUUGGGGCCGCGAACAUAAAAACGCGAUCUCCAAGGGUCUUUGAUGACUUCAUUGGUGGAAAGCGGAGUAAGGUUCCAUCACAAGAACUUCGAAAACUGUAACGUGAAGGUUUCGCAACACAAACAAGAGAAGAAAGACUAUAAGAAAGAGCCACAUUAUUUUAAAUCUUAAAAAGUAAUUAAAAUCAUCUUAAAAUCAGUGCGUUGCCUCACGGUUAGCCGGUGGAAAUCCUGUAGUAUUGGCGUAACGUGACAGAAAUGAAGGCACUCAAUAAACCAAGCGAGUGCAUGCGUUUUGAAUUCGCUGGAGCUUUACGAUAAGACUGUUAGGUAAAACAUAGAAAAAACUGUUGCAGUAAUCAAGCCCGCUAGUAAUGAACACGCAAAUAAGGGUCUCAGUGCUUUCUUUAGAUACGAAUUUUAUGGUGAGGUGAAUAUUGUAAAGGUAGAAAAAUGCUGCUCCACACGUCUUAUUAAUGUGAGUAGACAUUGUUUGCUUUGAAUCAAGCCACAUACCAAGGUCUCUGGCGUCGCCAGCCGAUGAAACAUCUACAGAUCCAACGGUAAUUGAGUUAACAGAAACUUUAGCUAAUUGGUGACGUGUACCAAUUAGUAAGGAUUCAGUUUAUUCAUCGUUACGCUUUAGCUUAUCAUGAUGCAUCCAAGACCUAAUGUCGCUGAUGCAGUGUUCCAUUGCAGCAAGAGCAGAAGUAUGAUCCUCAAUACUGUUGGCACAAAAUGAAAUACACAGCUGAGUGUCAUCAGCGUACGCAUGCACGGAUGGAAGAUGCGAUCGAAUAACAUCAAAUAUCUUGCUUGCGUAGAUCGAAAACAGUAGAGGGCUAAGAUAGGACCCUUGAGGAACUCUCGAAGUCAGAUAAAAGACAUCAGACAUCACGCAACAAUGUUUCAUGAUGCAAAACAAAAUUUCACGAUACGCAACCGUCAACUCACACAAAACAAAAAUUUAGGGAGACUAGAAGCAAUUUCAGAUGAUGAUAUCGACGAGCACUCUGGAAUCGAAGUUUUCUCCAUUUUGAAUAACAAUGGCUUCAUCUUCAGGGAUACCAACUGGGGGUGAAAGGAAACUUAUUACAUACUAUUUUACGAGAGGAUAUGAAUAUGAUGUGCAUUUUUAGCCACGUUUCAUCAAAUAACCUUUAGUAUCAGGACACUUAAGAACAGAUAGCGACAGUAUCAGCUACAAAGAAGGACACCUUCAUAUGAUUUGCUCUUGGUGCGUCACACAAUUUUGAGGGAGCUGAGUGGUCAGUUCUGGUUGCAGUGGCGCAGGAGCAUAUGGUAUACUCUGCGCUUGUAAAUUCAGUGCUCGAACUUAACUUUUAGCUCUGGUAUUCCACUGGACCAGUAGGCUAAGAAUUUACUGGUCCCAGGAGCAAAGUUACUGGUCACCCUUUACAUUUUUUUUUGCACGUAUUUAAUUUGUGUGUGUAGGUAAAAACAUGUAAAUGCCACACUAUGAUCAAAUAAACACAACAAUUUACAUGUAUCUUUUUAGUGAUACAUAGCAACAAUGAUAAGUGUAUUACAAUUAUAAUUCUUCCCAGUUACAGGCCAUAGUUGCAACAUAAAUAGAAUAGCAGCAGUUUUAUCAACUUCAUUGCUGUCUUAGGCUUAAGUUAGGUCAUCAAUCCUUUAAGCAAGGCCUUCGCAUUCUUUGUGAUGCCUGGUUCCAAUGCAAAAUUGCCCUUUCAGCUGUAAAGUCCUCGGGACUUGAACCAUUGAGGCAGAUGUUCAUGAGCAUGUCAACAGUUUCAACAUCAAGUGAGUUUCGAUACUCUGAUUUGAGUCGCCCCAUACAAGAGAAUCCCCUUUCACAGCAAGAUGAGGACACUGCCAUUGCCAGACAAAUCUCAACCACCAUCAACAUGUGAGAGAGUUCAAGUUCAUCUGGAUGCACCUGAUUGAACACUUCUACCCAGAACUCAGCCUGACUUAAGUUUGCAAUGCGUUUGUGGUCAUAACAGUACAGUUUUAGAGAUAGCCACUGAUCCUUUGAUACUUCCAAGUCGAAAGCAUUGCUUCUGAGGACUGCCUGAAAGUGCUGAGCCACAGUAACCAAUUCUUCUUCUCCAUACAAACCUAGAUCAUUUCUCUCCUUUGGCCAAGACUUAUUGUUAGUGAUAACACCGCAAGCUUUUAGUACUGGGGAAGUGAAGUCUUCAAAUCUUGAGGCUAGAAAUUGCUUAGCAUCAGUGAUGAUUGAUGCUUUACUUUGCUCAAACAAUCUGUCAUCUGUGUUGUUCCUUGUAAGACUGACCCCCUUGAACACUGUUCCAGCUCCUACUUCUUCUUGAAAGGCAGCAAGAUGUUUCCCAGGUCGUCUUCGCAUGUUCUCUAAGGCUUGACUAGCUCGCUCAAUCUCAGCCUUCACUUGCGAAAUAGAGAUAGAAUCCUUCUGAAAAAUAAGUGAGAUCUUUGACACUUCCUCUAGAAUGUCCCACAUUAAAUGAAGGUGAAGCUGGAAUUUGUAAGCCUUGAGCUUCUUUGACAAGUUCCUACCCCGUCCUUGCAUUUCUGCUGAAGAAUCUCUAGCUUCUGCCGUGUGCUCAAAGUGAGAAACAAUUGCUUGAAAGUUUUUUUGAAGUAGAACAGUUAAAGCACGGAGCAAAUGAGGCACCCAACGAGUUCCACUGGCCUUUGUUGGUUUUCCCACUUUUAUUUCCAUUGCCUCUGCCAUUUCUCUUAGUUCUCUUAAAGCCUUUGGGGAAUACUUAUAGUGUUUCCAGCAGCCAUUUAAAAGUUCCUUGAUGCUCAUCAUUGUUUCAUUGCACUUCAAAGUGUCACUAAAUGCAAGUUCUAAAUUGUGUGCUACACAAUGAAUUGGAAUAACUUGAGGUGCUUGUUGUUUAAUUAAUGAAACCACACCACCAAUCCUGCCCAUCAUAACUGAUGCACCGUCUGUGCCAGUGCUGAUCAGUUUUUGCAUCCACUGAGGGUCGAUCUUAUCCAUAACCGACUUGAUUGCCUUUAGAAUUCCUGGUGCCUUUGCACUUUCAACCUCAGCCAGCUCAACAUAGCACGUUUUUGGAGCCCCACCUGAUACAAAUCUCACAUACACUAUUUCUUCUUCCAAACAUGACACAUCUGUUGCUCCAUCUGCCAUUAUAGAUAUAAACUUAGCAGUGCUUAAAGAAUCUAUGAGAUCUGCCCUCAAGGUAUCAGAUAUAUGUUUACAAAACUCUUUACAAGCAUGAUCAUUCAUGUACGUGUUUCCGAGGUUUAAGCCAUUCUUUUUUUGCAAUGAACACAACUGUGAGAAUAUAGAAAAUGGAAGUUUCAAAUAAGCUAUAUAAUAUGCUGUAUUAAAAAGAUACUCCAUUUUCUUCAAUGUUUCUUCAUCAAGUCUGCUCAAUGCAGCAGGCAAAGGUCUUUGCUCUCUUGGACGCUCGCUUGCACGUUUAGCUGCUAAACUCAUAGCGUGUCCUUCACUGGCCUCGUGAGCCUUUAAGCUGUCAGUUUGAAAGUUAUUUGUUCCGACCCUCAAGGAAUAAUGUGUGUUUUUCCCAUUUGGAAAUUCCUGCAAAACUCAUAAAACAUUUUGUUUUCUUUCUCAUCAAAGUGGAGCCAUCUGUACUUUUCUAUCCACGAUUCCUGAAACUUCCGUGUUUUCUUUAUCGGAGUUGCAGCAGGCGGUGCUGGUGUUGUGUUGCUUUCUUGAUUUUGCUUUCCUCCGAAGAAAGAACUCAGUGAGCAUUGAACUUUUUUUCGUUUGGACAUUUCAAGAAGUUGUGUUUUGAAAGAAAAUAGAGAUUCAAUCAACAUCGAUCAUUUGGCAAACGCGGGAAGCCGCCAUAUUGAAUCCCACAAUCCAUUUAAUCUCAGCGUAGAACCCAGACUCUUACCUGCCAGGCCAGAAACGCCUAGCGAUUUUUGCUCGACGUUUUCGAAGCAUUCGCUUUCAGAAAUUCUUUAUCUGCUUUGACACUUUUAGCCCCUUUCAGCAAGAUACAAAAGCAAUUAUUUAUCGGGGUACUGUAACUUUACUCGUCCACAGGACUAGUGGCAAAAAAACCUACUCGUUUUGGGCAAUUUUUACUCGUUUUGGACGAGUGGACGACCGUUAAGUUCGAGCACUGAAAUUAUUCAAGUACCAAUGCACAAAAAAAUUAAAAAGUGCAAGCAAAGGUACAUCAAACCUAAAUGAAACGCGACAACGCGAAGUAAAACGCGUAAUAACACCCCAAUAAUACCCGGGGAAUACCAGAGCAGUAGACCAGGUCUGCCUCCUAACUUAAGCAAGCCCCUACUAAGAGGACCAAUUUUAAAAUUCGUACGUCAUAACGUCAAUUUUGUUCCCUGCCCCCGGGGAAAUACCGUACUUCAAAAAUCGCAAAUGUACCCAAAUUAAUUUCAAGAAUUUUUGCCUCGAAUUGAAAUUUUACAAAUUAAUAGUGAAAUCAACAACACUGUCCAUUUCUCAAACAGCCAAAAUUGUAAAGAUGCGCAAUAUUCUACCUUGAAUUACUAAAUUGGCAUUUAAGAUGGUGGCAAGGGCGAAUCCUCGUCUAAGCACCGUUAAUGGUCUUCGCUCGCUGAUACUUGCAUCUUAGUAAUACUGUUGUAAACCCCGCAUAUCGUGGCCAAAAUGACGGUCUAAAUCCGCUGAAAUCUUCCGCUUCUGCCCCGCAUUCUCUGGGUAAGGAGUUGACCAGUGCAAGGAGUUUUAUGAACAUUACGUUAAAAGUCGCGGCUGAAAUGGAGUUGUAAGAAUAAUUUAAUGGUAAUUACGUUCCUUCUUCAUGUACGGAUAGAGAGGAAAGGCCUUGGCCAAGUUGUGUGUCAUCAAUAUUUCUUAAGUUUCUUUGCCAUGAAAGUCACGGGCUUAGGAACAUUUGACCUACUACAAUACUAUUAGCAACCAAUACUUUUGGGCCCCGAGUUGGGAAUUUUAACAACUUUAAUAGCGGCAGGAGGCCCAGUAUAUUAUUAUAUUAUAAUUUAGUUUGGCUUUGCCUUAGUGCAAAGAUGCGCUUCUCGACACCUUUAAUAUCAUUAUUUAUUAAUAAUAUUGAAUAAAUUCAAUCUUAUUCAUUAGUUUAUAGCAACUUUUUAGGCAAUCGGUAAUGCUAGAUUUUCUUGUUCCAAGAUGUUUUGUAAAAAAAUUAAAGGAAGUUUAAUAAGUCAAGCACUCACUUUGAUGUACUUUUCACCACCAGGAUGGGAGAACUGAAAGGCGUACAUGACGCAAUCGACUUCCAGACUGCUUAUGUGGUUGAUCUUGUCAAAGAAUCCAAUUACAGCUACGAUUUAGAUGUAUCAGAAAUGCUUCACGCUUGGUACAAGAGCAAACUUGAUAACAUUACAGCUUACAGAGACCAAAGUUUUACAAGCAAGUUUACCGGUCACAAGGCCUCGCCAUCGCACACUCCAUUUAUGGAAGAGUUUGAUGAUUCCAUGGAACGCUUUCUGCUUAAUUAAGCAAAGAAACCUGUAAAAUGCCAUACUAACAAGAAGCACAUUUCAUAUAUAUUUUACAAAUGGAAGACAAUUUUUUUGUAGAUCAGUGUGAUGUGGUUGUUUGAAGGCUACCGGCCAUUAGUACCGGGUAAAAUUUAAUCCUCGUCGAGGUGGGGCCGCGUGAUUGUAGUUCAAAAUUAUCGCUAAUUUAGCCUGGUUCCUUUAGGCCACCAAACUACCUGUCAAUUCUGCUCCAACACAAGAGAACAUAUUUCCUUGACAACAGAAAAAAACGCAGCUCUUUGCGCUUGGCAAAGCUGCACAGUGAUUUUUAGGGAGUUAUUAUAACUCCAAAAAUGGAUUAAAAAUUUUCGGUACAGGAUAACAGUUUGGAGUCAUUUUUACUCCUGAAAAAGAGGUCUCCCAGUCUGGAGUUAAAAUAACUUUGAAAUGGGGUUAUUUUUACUCCUUACAUGGGUUGUUUUUACUCUCUGGAUUCACUUUAACUCUGAAAGUGGAGUCAAAGUUUUAGGUACGGUAUUCGCCUGAAAAAUAUUUUUUAAAAAACUCCUUUUAUGGAGUUAAAAUAACUCCACUGUACGGAGUUAAAUUAACCUUACUAGAGGAGUUAUUAUGACUCCUUGAAAAUUACUGUGUGCGAAAUUAGACUGAGCAGUGAAACAGGCUAUGCCAAAUCAAGAAUGAUCACAUGUCAUAUAUAUUUACUGCUGCACAGUUUGUAAAACAGCCGCAACGAAAAUUGUUGAAGGUAGAAUUCCUUUUGUUAGGAGUUAAAAAGGUGACACAUCACAAAGCUUGUUGAAACGCUUGUUCAAGUUUUUAGGGUAUAGUUUCAAAGCGUUUUUGAGGUUCCAAACUGAUAAUUAGAUUAGACUGAUAGCUAACAUAGUGUUCGCGAAAUUUUGGUAUAUCAAAGUUAUGAAAUUUUUAAAUAAUUUAAGUAUAGUUGCUACUUCCUUAUGAGCAUUGAGUACAGUUCUUACAUUAGACUCCAUAAGUAAACGGUAAGCCAAUUAUAUAUUGAAAUCAAUUAACGUGUAAUAAAAUUAAAGUUUUCCUUGUUGAGAAAAAAAAUUGCUCUUGUCAACCACUCUUAAGUUCC